AUGAACUCGCGGGACUCGGUGGGAUCGUACUUGAGCUCAUUGCGUAGUGAGCGAAAGGUCGUCGAGAAAAUCGACGAAGGGGUCCCGUUCUUCGUCCCGCAGCUGUCUAAAGUCAAGACGUCGGCGAUGUGCAUCAAGACGCAGACGCAUCUUCUCUUUGGGUACGAGCGCCUCGUGAACCAAGGGGAAUCCUACCGCAAGCAGGGCAAUGCCACGCUCUACACGGACGAGAAGCUCCUCGAGCGGCAAAAUCUUCAGCACGACCGGCAGGUGCAAGCCGCUCUAGGUCGGUUCUGGGACACCUUUGGCAGUGUUCGCAAUGGAAAAUCCACCAUCGACGAACUUGAGUACUGCGACGUGUUUGUCAAGCUGUUUAAGGCCCUUGUGCCGCCUCAAGAGUUUUCCGUGCCGGAAGCACGCAUCAUUGUCGAAAAGGACUGGGCGCGGGACGUGGGGGAGAACUGCGACGUCAUGGCGAAACCCAUGUUUUACAAGUCGCUGUUCGAAGUGGCGGAUCUGUGGACUGUGGGCAUCGGAGUCGACGAAUACACCAAGUUCUUGACCAAGCUCUUUGAACGAGUCACGAUGACUGUGUUCGACCAAGAAAAGGCGCUGUGGCUGACCAAGUUCGCCGAGUUGGAUAUGAUCAAGUCGUCGUGGAACGAUGAGGACAACAUGUCGCCGUCGCCGAAACGAACCCCCGGCGUGGCGGCCAUCGCGAAACUCAAGAAGAAAUCCCACACGAUAGCGUCGUUCAAGCUCACGCCUGAUGGAGGGAGUUUGGAUUUGACCAAACCUGGCACCUCGGACGCCCCGAAUCUACCCGACCUCGCCUCCCCGGAUCGCCCCCCUCGCCGCCCUGCUCGGCCGCGACUCACCCCCGAACGAAAACCCCCUGACGAGAUCACGACCACCCCACCAACGAUCGAAGAGCUCAAGUUGACUAGUUCCACCGAUGGACCAGCGAGCCCCAUCGCGAGCCCUGUCAAAGCCACAUCCCCCAAAAAGACAAAACUCGCAGAGACAAACAACCAAGACCGCAUUGCCAUGCCGAGCAUAUAUCUCUCGCCCGACUUGGACAUCCAGCGAGAAGACGACGUCGCUGUGAAGCGUCGUCUGCGCGAGAACACCAAACUGGUCCAGCGCUUGCGACGCACGACGUACUGA